AUGUCAAUUAAGUUUAGAAAGAUAUUUCUCUUGUUAAUCAUUUCUGGAAUAUUUAUAAGUUCAGUUCUAUUUAGUCAACAUUUAAAUUCUGCGAUCUCUCAUCAAAUACGGUCAUUGAAUUUAAAACAAUUUUGGAUUCCAUCCAAUACAAAAAUAAAUGCUCUCUUACGUAGUAAUAUCAUAUUUGAAACAUAUAGAUAUCUUAUUCGAAUCCAUCAAAACCUCGAAACCAAGGUUGAGUGUGUUGGUUCUUUUAAGAACCAAUCAUGUCUUUUCAAGAAUUUGUAUUAUGUUAAUCGAACAUUUUGGAUUUUAACUACGAAGAAAACAACUUUCCCGUUACCGAGCGUUCGAACCGGAGCAAUAGUUUCAUCACUGCUUACACCAAGCCGUCGCCGAUUCUAUAUUUAUAAAGAUCUGGAAGAAUUUGUCCAAAAAUACGUUCAACCGAUUGUCAUUCCUAAGUUGACUGUUCAUUUUGAUCAGAUAUGGCUAAUGAACAUUGGUCACGCUCUUUUCGAUGGACUCUAUCCAGCUUAUCUCGCUUUAAUACGCUUUUCGCCUCGACAUUUGCAAUCAUUUCGUAUUUUACUUAGUACGAGUGGCUAUAACGGCAAUCAUUCAUUUAGUCGAGAAGUUUACGAUCGUUUUGCUGGAUUGGAUACGCUCAAUGCGAGCAUUUUAGAAGAUAUGUCUAUUGGGCAGUGGUUUGCAUUCGAAGAAUUUAUUAUGGGGAGUGGAGAUAUGUGUCAGCGUUGUCUACAACCGAAUCUUCAACUGCCCGGAGGAAUCGAACUGAAUGGAUCGCGACUCUUUCGAGAACGAAUGUAUAAACAACAUGGUUUGAUGUCACCUACUCUUAGAGAAAAACAUUCCGCCGUACGACGUAAUCCCAACAGAUCACUUCAUGCUGUCAUUGUGGAUAAUAAACGAUUUACUAGUCGUGAUCGCGUUGAAAUGAGUGCUGCUAUUCAUGAAAUUAAUACACAUAGAACUACAAAUACAUCUUGGCCAGCAAUACAUGUUUCUUAUAUUAGUUAUUCGGAAGCGUCCCCAAUUAAUGAUGAUACUCCGAUUAUAGAGUCAAAAUUCCUUGAUGAUAAUAUUAAAAUGAAACAACAUCUUAAAUUGUUACAAAACAUCGAUAUUCAUAUUACAGGACCUGGAACAGGACAGAUGUAUCAGACAUUCCUUGCUGAUGGAUCUGUAAAUAUAAAGCUCGGUGGAUUACAUUAUAUUAAACGUAAUGCAACCUUUGAUAAAUACCCAUUCUUUAUGGAACAAUACAUGACGAGUGGAGCACCGUAUAUUAGAGGGCUUUAUUAUCCCAUUGAUCAAAGAGCAAUUGGUAUUCGAAAGAAGAUCCUUGUUGAGCUUAUUCGAGAGGCUGCACAAUUGAUUAUGAAUGGUUUCACGAUUCCGGUGAAUCCGCGUGAUAAUUUAUCAGUAUACGGCCAUUUAUUUAUUGAAAUGUGUGAAAUGGANUUCAGUGUAUGA